GCCACUAUGGUUCAGCCUUCUUCGCUGCUCUCUCUUUCUUUCUUCCUACUUGUUCUCUUCCAUGGCUCUCUAGCUCGCCGUGAAUUUCAGCAGGGUAAUGAGUGCCAACUCAAUAAACUCUAUGCCCUCGAACCCGAUAAACGUAUUCAGACCGAAGCUGGUUUGGUUGAGUCGUGGAAUCCUAACCGUGAUCAGUUCCAAUGCGCUGGUGUUGCUGUUGUUAGGCGCACCAUUCAUCCCAAUGGCCUUCUAUUGCCAUCCUAUAGCAAUGCUCCUCAACUCUUAUACGUUGUCCAGGGUAGAGGAAUGACAGGGGUCUUGCUCCCGGGAUGUGCUGAAACACUCCAAGAGUCUCAGCAAUCAGGUGGCAGCAGCAGAGUUCGUGAUCAGCACCAGAAGAUUCGUCAUUUCCGUAAGGGCGAUGUUAUUGCUUUGCCUGCUGGAGUAGCCCACUGGUGCUACAAUGACGGCAAUGAGCCUGUCGUUACUAUUUCUGUGCUUGACACUGCCAACAUAGGCAACCAGCUUGAUAGGAACCCCAGAGACUUUUAUCUAGCUGGCAAUACAGAAGAUGUGUUCCCACGACUUCCACGCGGCGACUAUGAGCGCGGCCAGCAUCAAUUUUCUCGCCGUCCAAGUCAGCCGCCACAUGUUUCUUGCAACAAUCUUUUCUGCGGAAUAGACUCAAGAGUCCUUGCCGAAGCUUUCAACGUGGACGAGCAGUUGGCUAGGAAACUUCAAGGCCAAAGUGACUUCAGAGGCAGCAUUGUGAAUGUAGAAGGUAGGCUUCUGGUAGUUAGGCCACCCAGGACUCAACAGGAGAGAGAGGAACAACGAGAGAGAGAGCAAGAAGGCCGACCAGGACGUUACAAUGGCGUUGAGGAGACAUUUUGCACCAUGAGAAUGAAAGAGAACAUUGCUGAUCCCUCUCGCUCUGAUGUAUUUGUCCCAGAAGUUGGCCGUGUUAGCACUGUCAACAGCCACAACCUCCCUAUUCUGCGAUGGCUCCAACUCAGUGCUUCGCAUGUCGUUCUUCGCAAUGAUGCUGUGAGGUUACCCCACUGGCAUAUAAAUGCCCACAGCGUAAUCUAUGCCGUGAAGGGUCAAGCACGGAUUCAGGUGGUGGAUGAGAACGGCAACAGUGUGUUCGAUGGAAAUGUACGAGAAGGACAGGUCCUGACCGUGCCACAGAACUUUGUGGUGGUGAAACGGUCAGAGAGUGACAGAUUCGAAUACGUUGCCUUCAAGACCAACGACAAUGCCAUGACCUCUGAUCUUUCCGGCCGCACUUCUGCUGUUCGCGGCAUGCCAGUGGAGGUGAUUGCCAAUGCAUUCCGGGUGUCGAUAGAAGAGGCAAGGAGAAUCAAGUUUGCUAGAGAGGAAACAACCUUAGGUAGCUCAAGGUUCCAGUCAGGAAGAAGGCAUUAUGAUGCUUAAGCUUUGUACUGAGAAAGGCGUACAUGGCCUUUUUUUAUCUUUUUCUAUGGGGAGCGGGGGGAUGUGUAGGUCAAUGCGAAGUCCGGAAAAAUAAAAGAAGACUUUGAUGGAUGGUCUCAUCUCUUCAGUUUGUAAUAAGAGAGAGCUUCUACUUGAGAAUAAAUGUUGAACUGAAAAAUUGACUCGCACUCCUUUUUUUCUUCUUUUACAAAAAAGAGAUUUAAAGAAAGCUAAUAAAUACUGAUAACUCUACUAGUAGUCAACAACAUCCUGAAAUAAGAGAUGACCGGCGGAUUCUUUAAAA